CCAGUUCGCGGUGGCCACUAAACUCGCUCUCAACUACGCCCACACAAGUUUUAUCUCUAGCCAGCUUCAGCGUUUCAAGAUAUAGACCAGAUCAAGCUGAGAAUCGUAGUUCGUAUGUGCCAGCGCCACUAGGAAAAAGCAGAGUCCGUUGAUCGACCGACAAGAAUGCCGCUUCUCUCCGCGCAGCUCUUCCUGCCCCUCCCCGACGCCCACCACCACCACCGCGCUCUCCUCCUGCCGCCCGCGUGCGCAGCAGCGCCCUUGCCAUCGCCGUCUUGCCCGCGGCCAUUGUCGUCCCUGCUUCGGUCACGGCGGUCCUCCACCUCCUCCGCGAGAACGGGACUCCGAGUCGUCUCUCCUGACACCUCCAGCGCCGUUGCCACGGACGCACAGCCAGGUUCGGCAGAUAACAACACCAGGUGGGCAGAGUUCGCGUCGCGGGUGUCUGGCGAGUGGGACGGCUUCGGCGCGGACUUCACGGCGGCCGGCGACCCCGUGGAGCUGCCGGACAACGUGGUCCCGGAGGCGUACCGCGAGUGGGGCGUGCAGGUGUUGGACUGGCAGACGCAGUGCCCCACGCUCGCCGACCCCGCCGCGCCGUGCGCGCUCCACUACCGCCUCGUCCGCCUGCUCCCCACCGUCGGCUGCGAGGCCGACGCCGCCACCGUGCACACCUCCCACCAGCGCCACGCCGCCUCCGCCGCCGCCUUCGCGUACGCCGCCGCCGGCUCCUACGUCGCCGCGUGGCCCAAGGGCCCCGCGCCCGUGCUCGAGGUGGAGCACUGCGUCGUGCGCCCCGGCAGCGCCGAGGUGCGGGUCCGGGUGGUGCAGACCGUGGCGCUGGGAAAUGAGGCCCGGCUGCGCGGCAUCAAGGUGUUCUCCGAGCAGUGGUACGGCCCGUUCCGCAACGGCGACCAGCUCGGCGGCUGCGCCGUCCGGGAGACCGCCUUCGCGGCCGGCGAGAAGCUCGACGUCGCCGAGGUGCUGGGCCAGUGGGAGACCACGGACGCCGCGGCCGCGAGGUUCUCCGACGAGCUGGACCCCGAGACCGGCAAGUUCGCGGAGCUGUCGCCCGACGAACCAAGCAGGCUGCGGAGAGACGCGGACGGCGUCGUGGCGCUGCCGAAGCAGCUGUGGAGCGCGUUCAGGGAGCACGGCGACGGCGAGUUCCUGUGCGAGGUCGGGUGGGCGCUGGGCGGCGGCACCGCGGUGACGUCGCGGUGCGUUCUGUCCAAGGACGGCGACGUCAAGGAGAUCGCCGCUGCCUACGAGUCCCGGCUGUCGGGGGGCACCUGAUCUCAACCUUCAGCUUCACCCAGGUUCGAUCAGAUUCUAGAUCAAUAGAAUGGCCAAUUGGCCGUAGACCAUCAUACAGCAAACACGGUGCUCUACAGCCAAAGGCAUGCAUGCGGAGCACCUGCUCUGUCUGACUGCCGUUUCUGAAUUCCCGGACGCCAGAAUUGUUCAGGCUCCAGACCAAAACGUGUGCAGGCUACCGGCGGCGGCGCCUGCUCAGCAGCGCUCGUCGUUUAACACCUCACCCGCGGUUUCCGGGCUUCCGGUAGGUGAAUCGUGCUUUGGUUCAUCCGCUGGCAGGCGGAAGCGUCUCACGCGGCCGCUCUGCAUUUUGCAGUUCUGGCUGCUUCGCACAUGGUUCGGCUCAUGGAGAAUGGAGCCCAAACAGGGAGUCGCCGGCAGAACAUGCGACUCCAGUCCUGGCGGCAGCAAAACUAUCCCCUCUACUAUAUGACAAGAAGGCUGCUUGAUUAGCUGGGAAAAACCAAGCAAUAGAUCUAGCAUUUUAUUAAAAAAAAUUAAGCAAGUGCAAAUUUGGAAGGAAUAUGAUCUCAGAAUACAGAAGCUCCUUCAAACAACCAGUAACAGAAUGAACAAAUAACAAACUGAAUGCACCUCUUUUGGUACUUUGAAUAGCUGGACAGGAUUUCAACUAUAUGAACAUAUACCACUACUAUAUAUAUAACACAUCUCUCAUAACAAACUAUACUACUUGCCAGCCCACACUUAUUUGGGAUCAUAAAUACUACUAAAUGAAUUGAUUUGCUCUCUUCUCGUACAUCCCAGACCCGAAUUCAGGUCGUGGAGAAAUGAUCAAUAAGAAAAGAGAACAAAAUAUGUACAUCACGUGUGCAUCAGUGUACUUGAGGUGCAUCUCUCAAGGUUACAUUCAAAGUGGUUUCCAUUGGUUGCCACCCAAGUCCAACUUUGUUGCCUUGCAUCAUGGCUACGAAUUCGGCGUAGUCAAUUUGACCAUCCUGAAAAGCAAAUACAAGGAAAAUCAGCACAUGCAUUAAUUAUUCAGUAAAUAAGAACCCCUCAGAGGCACUGUUGGACUUGGUAGCCAUGACAUGGUUUUCUUCCUAUAUUAACAACCAUGACAUGGUUUUCUUCCUAUAUUAUCAAGGUCAUUUAGUUCAGUAAUAUACUGCCUAUUUUUCAGGUCAAAGUUAAAAAUAGCCAACCUUAGUAAACUUCUCAGGUACGAGAAUUCUCGCAGCUAUAUUCAAAACCAAUGGUGAAUAGUCUCUCAGAAUCAGGAGAUUGACAAUGCUUGUGCUGUCACCAAAUCUAUCUAUUUAUUUAUUUAUUUAUUUUCCUAACCUUCAAUGCUGCUGAAAUGGACAGCUGUGUGUUAGGUGUGACUAUGUUCAUUGAUGCCUAGCCACCAGUGUUUAUUCUAUUAAAAAAAUGCCAUUCAGGAUAAGGAACCAUUGCAAUGUUUCCCUACGUUGCAACCCCACAUAACUCGAAGGUCUAGAGCAAGGCUGACAUAUUUAGGUACCCAAAGUGUUCUGCUCUUUUCUGAAAAUCUUUAAGCAUUACUGCAUUAGUAUACAGUUCAAGGAAAAAAAAAGAUCAACUUACAUUGUUCUGGUCAACUUCUAAAAUUAUCUCUUCAAGGAAAGAGUCCUCCAUGUUAUGUUCUCCACAAGCUCGUUGAAGCUUGUCAACUGUGAUAUAACCACUUCCAUCUUUGUCAAAGUAAGUAAAAGCCGCCAUCAAGUGCUCUUCACGCUCUAUUUUGUUAAGAGGCACAGUUGCAGCGAUAAAUUCUUCAUAAUUGAUUGUCACAUUAUUGUCUUUAUCAGCCUGCCAUAAAACUUAGGAACUUUAGCUAAAGCACUUUCAGUGUAUUAUCUAAAACAGAUGCAUUCCAUACAAGAAAAGGAGGUUUGCUACUAUCCAAUAAAUGCAUUGUUUAGGUAUUUUCCAUGAGUAUUGAGAAAUACAUGCAGACAGGCUGACAGCAGAUCACAUGUUAAACAAGAAAAUAUAUCCUGUCACACAUGAAAAAUGUAACACAAAUGCAUGUUUUAGCCACAAGACAGUUACUUACCGCUUCCACUAUAUCACUAAUUACUCUAUCCUCCAAUUCAGUACCAUAUCUUCUUAAGCCUUCUUUAAGCUCACCAAGAGUAAUCACACCUCGAUUUUUAACAUCCACUGCUUUGAACAAUUGCCUUAACCCAGCAAUCUCCUCCUCAGAAAGACGUUCAGCAAUCACCUGGAGGCAAAUAAAGUGUCAAAAAACCAGCAAAAAAACAUAAUGCCAUAAUGUUGAAAUAACUGAUAGAUGCAGAACAUAUAAUCAAAGGCAAAACAAAAUUCAAUUGAGCAAGUUAGUAAAGCAUAUCGUAAUAAUUGAACUGAAUGCUAAAUAUUAAUAGUUAGUGAAUUAUAUCGCAUGUUGAGUGAAGAAAAUCAGGCUGGUCAGCCUGAAACAGCAGUAGCUCAUACGGCAGCAACUAAGUGCAUUUGUUACCAGCAUUAAACAUGCGUGAUCUGUUGUACUAUUUGAAAUAUGUAUGUAACUCUUAACUGCAAUAUUUAUAAGGUGAAGUCUAAAUGAGGUUAAGGCACUUAUCCACCAAAAGAUGCCAAGUAGAUACGCAGCCAAAGAUCAAAACAUUUUUGGAUCCAAAAGGGACAAAUGAUAUGGCACAACACAAGACUUGUAUGAAGUUCAAUAACAUGCAUGAUAUGAUAUAUGAAAAUAGUGAAGUAGAUAAAAAUUACUCACUCUCAGAGCCAAUUUCUUUAACUUGUUCAUUGCAGAGAAUUGUUUGAGCCGAGAAAGAACGCUGGGAUCAAGAGCUUGAUCAGUGGCCACUCCAUUUUCACAAAUCCAAGGAUGGCCUGGCAUUCAUAUAUAAUAAUCAGUUUUAAGAGUAAAGACAUACAGAUUAUGCAAUUCCUAAAACAAUUAGGGGAACAUAACCUACUGUGGAAGCAGAGCUAACAGCUAGACAACAAAAUGGAAGAGCAACUGAAUUGAUCGAAGACAUAGGUAAGACUUAAGAUAUACUUACGUAGUACUUCAUGGGCUUUCAGACGGUCUGAAGGACAAGGGCAGAGCAUCUUUCUUAUAAGAUUCUUUGCACUUUCAGAUACCUUAGGCCAUGGGUCCGAGUCAAAAUCGAUGUGCCCCUUAAGGACAGCGUCAAAUAUACCUUGCUGUGUCUCUGGUAGAACAAAUCACCUUCAUUAAUUAGCAAUUCCAGUUCAGAAAUCCAGCCUACCUGAAUAUAACACCUGAGCAUAGAGGUGUAACCUGCCCAAAAAGGUGGCACGCCACUAAGCAAUACAUAGAGUAUCACUCCAGCUGACCACACAUCAGCUUCUGGUCCAUAACGUUUGUGAAGUACCUCAGGAGCAACAUAAUAUGGACUUCCAACCAACUCAGUGAAAACCUGACCUGCAGUUUUGAAUAGAGAUAAGAAUCCAGGUUUAAUCCAUAAAACAUCAGAAGUCACACAUAGCUUACACGUGAAACUGAAAACUGAUAAAAAUGAACUGAAUCACAUAAACAACAAGUGUUGAUGAACAGCAUCAUAACACUGUAGUUUAUUUACUCUAGCCCUACUCCUUUGAAUAUGUAUAGAAAUUAUUGAAAAGUAAUGAAUUUUGUGUUAAUGAGACAUCCCAGGGCGCAGGUCAUGCCUUACUGUUAUAUACUACUAUGUUGCUCCUAGAGUCAGUCUUAAGGAUGCUAGCAGAUAGAUAACUGGACAAGACUACAAUCUAACUACAAGAAUAUAUUGUACAGCAAAAUAAACAUGUACCAUUAUGACAUUAUUAAUCUGAUGCUUUAAAAGAGUCAAUAAAGUAUGCCUUACUAUGGAUCAAAUUUGAUAUCAUACCUGGUUUGAAGAACACAGAUAGACCAAAAUCAAUUGCUUUUAUUGAUAGAUCAUCUUCUUUAUCCAAAAGGAGAAAGUUUUCUGGCUUUAGAUCACGGUGCAUCACCCCAAGUGAAUGGCACAUAGCCACUAUACUAACAAUGAUUCUUAUAAGCUCUGCAGCCUUCUGCUCACUGUAAUGCCCCUUCUCCUGAAUUCGGUCAAAGAGCUCCCCACCAGCACAUAGCUCCAUCACAAUGUGAACCGCCUGCCCGUCCUCAUAAACAUCCUUGAUUGCAACAACAUUCUUGUGGCCUGACAAAUGGUGCAUUAUCUGGAUCUCACGUCGCACAUCCUCAAUGUCCUCCUUGGUGAUGAGCUUGCACUUUGGGAUGGUCUUGCAUGCAUACUCACACCCAGUACUGAUCUCCGUGCAAAGGUAUGUUGUGCCAAACUGCCCUUGACCAAGCUUUCGACCAAUGAUAUAAUGUUCCCUUAGGUCCGAUGUCUUCCUUUCAAGGACAGUGAUAGAUGUUGGAUCCAAUCCCCGCUUCAGAAUACCAGCAGCAGUGGGCUUAAAUGAGUUCACCUCAGGCCAUGGCUUCUCAAACUUCUUCAAGUCAGAGUAGCGAUCCUCCUCGAGGUAUCCAUCAGCGAACCUAGAAGCGGGACGAUUGUAGUAAUCACUCCCAAGAGUCCCGUUUGGGCAUUGAUUCCCCAUUCCUAGAACACCUUAUCCAAACAAAUUCCGGAGUUCCCAGUCUCACACGAUUGCGAAUCUUGGAUUGGAAUGGAGAUUAAAUAGCCACGGCGCGCAAAGUUAAGGAACUGGAAGAGCUCCUCCGGAAGAAAGCCCUUACUUGACUUCCUGAGGAGGGGGAAAUCAGCAGCCUGACAUUUCACAGCAAUGACUUGAUCAGCAAUCAAUACUUGACAGUUCAAGACAAGACAAUUAAAGAGGAAAAUAUAGCUUUGCCAAGGAGGAAAUGGAAACCUCAAGGAUGGCAGGAAAUUCCUUCCAAAGCCGCCGGCUCCUUCGGCGUCUCGAGGGAGGAAAUCUCCAGGCUGAGGGCUCCCACACCAGACUUGACAACCAAACUUUGGUAACCAAUACACGAAAUCUAACCAAAAACCCACGCAAUAAUUAAGAUUGCCAGGCCUACUCCUCAAGCUAUUAAUCUUUCAACCGCUGAACCCCGUAUAAUACUGAAACCCCCAGAACUGGAAGAGCUCCUCCGGAAGGCAGCUGCCUGAGAAGCUUCCUCCGCCUCCAGCAGGAAACCCCCAAUUUGAGAGUUUCUGAUGCCGCAACUUGUGCACGAGAUCCGAACUUCACAGGCCUAGAACACCAAAUCCAUCAGAAAAUCGGCAAAAACAAAGCCGAAACCCACGAGAAACACCUAGACGGAGGCCCACAGGCCAAAUCUUGACCAAAAAAGACGAGAUUUGUGCGGGAAGAAACAGAAUCGAACUGAGAAUCGUACCCGCUAAACGAGGAGCCUCGCAGGGAUCUUCCAACGGCCGGCGCGCCCGAUCGAAGCAGAGCACACGCAGAAUCGAGCCGACGGAUCGGACACAAAAUCGCAGCUUCUUGAGGGGCUAAAAUGCAAAAACCAUAGGAGGAAAAAAAUGGAGAUGGGGAGAAGAGAGGAGCGGAAGGGGGCGAGCCGGCUUUUAUAGCCGGGCGGCGAGGGGUUAGGUGCGAUGCAGCUGCGCGGGUACGCUUUUGCGGCGGGGACCCCGGACUCCGGGAGUAUUGCACACCGACGGAAACCAGCAGCGGUUUUGCUAGCGGUUUGGGAACUCGGAGACGGCUUAACUGUAACCGGUACCGAGUCAGAAACGAUUUGCUAGUAAUUGGCUGUAUUAGUGUUCAGCGACAGAUACAGUUAGUGUUGUAAAAGGUUAUGGUUUCUUUAUCCUAUGCAAAUCGAAGUUAGAGUGUCUCACUUCCUCAAUCCACUUUUUCUAGAAAGUCAAAAUUGUGUUUUUUGAAACAAUUUUCUUUGGGAAACAAGAAAGUCAAUUUGAGUUGAUGGUAUACUUGUAUUUGUGCACGCUUCAAUACAGUAUAGUUUCAAUCUUUCA